AUGUUCAGGAACGCCCUCCGACAGUCCGCCCGCGCCGUCGGGGCAGUCUCUGCCUCCGGCAGAGUUGCUUCGACCCGAACCACUCCCGCUGUCUACAACGCUGCUUCAAAACAGCUCCGAAGCUAUGCUUCCGAUGCGAAAGCCGCCCCUACCGAAGUCUCCUCCAUCCUCGAACAGAGAAUCAGAGGUGUACAAGAGGAGUCUGGUCUCGCAGAGACUGGACGGGUGUUGUCUGUUGGUGACGGCAUCGCUCGUGUCCACGGUAUGAGCAAUGUCCAAGCCGAGGAGCUUGUCGAGUUCGCAUCUGGUGUCAAGGGCAUGUGCAUGAACUUGGAGGCCGGCCAAGUCGGUGUCGUGCUUUUCGGUUCCGAUCGAUUGGUCAAGGAAGGCGAGACCGUCAAGCGGACGGGUGAGAUCGUCGACGUCCCAGUUGGCAUGGAGCUGCUUGGCCGUGUUGUUGAUGCACUCGGAAACCCCAUCGACGGAAAGGGCCCCAUCAAGACUACGGAAAAGCGCCGUGCUCAGCUCAAGGCCCCCGGUAUCCUUCCCCGUCGUUCCGUCAACCAGCCUGUGCAGACUGGGCUCAAGUCUGUCGAUGCCAUGGUGCCGAUCGGACGUGGCCAGCGUGAGCUGAUUAUUGGCGAUCGUCAAACCGGAAAGACGGCCGUUGCCCUCGAUACCAUGCUUAACCAGAAGAGGUGGAACAACGGCAAUGACGAAACCAAGAAGCUCUACUGCGUGUACGUUGCUAUCGGCCAGAAGCGUUCCACCGUCGCCCAGUUGGUCCAGACGCUCGAGGAGAACGAUGCGAUGAAGUACUGCAUCAUCGUCGCCGCCACCGCCUCCGAGGCUGCUCCUCUCCAGUAUAUUGCUCCUUUCACUGGCUGCUCCAUGGGUGAAUGGUUCCGCGAUAAUGGCAAGCACGCUGUCAUCGUCUACGACGAUCUGUCCAAGCAAGCUGUUGCCUACCGUCAAAUGUCCCUCCUGCUCCGUCGUCCUCCCGGGCGUGAGGCUUAUCCCGGCGACGUCUUCUAUCUCCACUCCCGUCUGCUCGAGCGUGCCGCCAAGAUGAACGACAAGCUCGGCGGUGGUUCCCUCACUGCUCUGCCCAUCAUCGAGACUCAGGGUGGUGACGUGUCUGCCUAUAUCCCUACCAACGUCAUUUCCAUCACCGAUGGCCAGAUCUUCUUGGAGGCCGAACUCUUCUACAAGGGUAUCCGCCCAGCCAUCAACGUCGGUCUGUCCGUCUCCCGUGUCGGUUCCGCUGCACAGCUCAAGGCCAUGAAGCAAGUCGCUGGUUCCCUGAAGCUCUUCUUGGCCCAGUACCGUGAGGUCGCGGCCUUCGCCCAGUUCGGUUCCGAUUUGGACGCUGCCACCAAGCAGACCCUGAACCGUGGUGAGCGUCUGACUGAGCUGCUCAAGCAGAAGCAGUACUCACCCAUGGCCGUCAACGAGAUGGUUCCUCUCAUCUUCGCUGGCGUCAACGGUUAUCUUGACAGCAUCCCCGUCAACAAGAUUCUCACGUGGGAGGCCGACUUCCUGUCCCACCUGAGGAGUAAUGAGUCCGACCUUCUCCAACAGAUUGACAGGGAAGGUGCGCUCAGCAAGGACCUGGAGUCCAGGCUCAAGGAUGUUGUGACGUCAUUCACCAAGAGCUUUUCGUAA